CAUUAACUACCCUGGCUAGACAGGCAAAGUUUGUGGCUCUCGCAACUCUGCAAAAUCAAUUUCAGGAGGGAGGGCGGCCUAGCUAGUAUUUCUUUACUAGCUGCCCUUAUCGCAAAAUGAUUAAAACUGAAAUUUUGUCGCUGAAAUGAUUCACGUAGCGACUGAAGAGCGGCAGUUUCAACAAAAUUAUUCAAAACCAAGGCGGACGCUGAAAACGUUCUGAAACCGCUGCCGCCAAAGCAACGGCGAAUCCUCCCGAGUGACAUCGCGGCGCAGCAGCUCCUGACAGGAACCGCCUCCCUCUCCGGCGAGGCCAUAGCUCCGUGCCGAGUGCCUCCAGGUCUUCCUGGAGGCUUUUCCCAAAAUAAUGGAGCAGCUGACAUUUCAACCAGGGGCUGCCGCCGCCAUAGACGACUACUUGGAAUACAAGAGAAUUGUAGGAGAAGAUGAUGGUGGGAAACUGUUUACUCCGGAAGAAUAUGAACAAUAUAAGAAACAAGUAUUACCAAUUCGGUUGCAAAAUAGAUUGUAUGUGAGCUGGAGAUCUCCAACUGGCAUUGACUGUAAACUCGUGGGUCCAGAAACACUCUGCUUUUGUUCCCACAGAUAUAAACAACACAAAACAGAUUUUGAAGUGAUUCCAAAAGAACGUCCUAUUUCUGUACCUUGUAGAGUGAGCCGGUGCCCAUGCAAAUCUUAUCAUUUUGUUCCUCUUAUUGGCACUCAGCCCAUCCGCUGUAGAUGUAAGCACUUUGCAGAUCAACAUAGUCCAGCAACUGGGUUUCUAUGCAAUAUGUGUUCCAAAUGUGCAGGGUUUCACAGUUGCUUUACUUGUGGAUGUGGCCAACCAGCAUAUUCUCAUGAAACAAUAGUGGAAACAAAAGAGGAACGUUUAGCCCAAGGAAAGCCAGUUGGGCAAGAUGUCCCUUAUGCUGCAAUGGGGGGACUAACAGGUUUUAGUUCCUUAGCAGAAGGCUACAUGAGACUUGAUGAUAGUGGAAUAGGAGCACCUUCUGUUCAAUUCUUAGAAGCUCCUGUAACCAACAUGGAUAAUCCAUUUUUAAAAGCAUAUCAAGGUCCAUCCAGUUCCAUGCAGGCCUACUCCCAGUUAACAGAUGGAAAUACAAGUACAACAAUGCAAGCUUCCAGUUUAAGGAGAUCUGAAGAAGAUGAUAUGGCUUAUUUUGAAAGACAGUAUCAGUUGAAACAAGAAAAGGCAAGAGAUCAGAAAGGCAAACAUCCAAUGCCAACAAAGACUCAACAUAAUCAAUAAUACAUUUGUGUUUCACUGCAAUUUAUCAGCAUCUCUGUCUCUAUUUGUCUGUCUAUCUUCAAUGACUAGAUACAAUAUGUUUAUUUUUCUAUGCCAAUUUUGUUAUAUAUAAAAUGAGAGUAUACUUCUUUUCAGGCAUUGAAGCAAAAUCAUGCUAUCCAUCUAAUUCUGGAAACUUGAAAAUCAGCAAUGGAAAAACUUCAGGUUUCAUGGCAGAAACUAUUAUAUGAACAUUGAGAACUACUUUAGAACAUUUUAUUGUUAAUAAAGAUUUGAAUUGUAUGAAAA